AUGUCGUCCAGCUUCUACUUCCUUGUGGUCCUGCAUGGUAUUCUUAUUGUUGUCCUUGGCAACAACCUCUGUAUCUUCAAGGAAUGUGAUUGUGAGGGCACUAUCAUCCUGUGUAGUGAGCUAGGACUGACGAAGAUUCCAGAACGGGUUGCCACGAACUACACUGACUUCCAGCUGUUGGAUCUUGAGAUUAACAUGAUCACAAGUAUCCCAUCAGGAAGCCUACCAGCCAAUAUCCAAGAGCUCACACUUAUGGAGAACCCUAUAGCAACCAUUGAUGAUUCUGCUUUCGAUGACUGCGCCAACACUUUACAAACUUUGACUUUUUCGGCCGCUCGUUUUACUAGGAUUCCGGAUGCCUUCCUUCGCCUGAAGCAGCUAAAGAGCUUUAGUAUCUACGGCACAACAAUCUGGGAUUGGAAUCCAAUGGCGAUGAACAGUCUUGGCCAAACUCUUCAGACACUGGAUCUAGUCAUUUGUAAUAUAACCAUCUGGCCACAAUGGGUUAAGAACUUCACCGGUCUAACUGAACUUAAUUUAUCUGGAAAUUUCAUCUCUUCAAUUCCUGAUGAUGCUCUGGAUUUGUUAAGCAAUAUUCUAACAAGUCUUUCGCUUGCAAACAACAGUUUGACCUCUGUUCCGAAGACUUUCUCCAAACUUAACGCCCUGACAAUGUUAAACUUGCAGCAAAAUAGAAUCUCAGAUGUGUCGUGGCUUCCACCAAACUGUAAAUUAACGUCAUUAUCUCUCAAUUUUAACAAAAUUUCUGACGCAGUGCAACUUAGCAAUGCAUUACUUCCUUUCGCCACUUCUUUGAAUCAUUUAGAUGUAGAUAACAACAUUCUAACUGCAAUUCCAGAUUUGGGUUUUCUCAAAUUCAUACCCAGUCUGGACUUCUCAAGCAAUAAAAUGUCAGAUUCCCUAUCUGGGUCGGCUCCCCCUAAUACCAACUCUCUGGAUUUUGAAUCAAACGCAUUUAGGUUUAUUCCUAAGAUUCUGUGGAGCGUCAAGGAAGUAACGUACAUGAUUCUGUCUUCAAAUCGGAUAACAGACCUGGGAGAAAUGAGUUUUCCGCCGUGGAUAGUGGGCGCUGAGCUCGGAUAUAACCUACUUGUGGAGUUAAAAGAUUUGAGUUUUCCAGAAAAUUCCACUAUGCAAUUCUUAAACUUAAAUAACAACCCCAUUUGCAGAAUUUCUGACAACGCCUUUAAGAACCUACCACAGCUCUAUUUUCUCAAUUUGCAAUACACGGAGCUAACACGUCUGCCCCUCGGCCUAGCCUCGGCUAAAGGUCUAAGUGAUCUGGACCUUAGUGGGAGCGUCUACCUGGUGUGUACGUGCGCGGAGAUAAACUUACGGCAGUGGAUUCUAUCUCGGUCGGAUCGUGGGGUCAAUGGAGAUUGUGGCAGUACCAGCAUAUGGACUUUUUAUAGAGACUUGAGCCCGUUUUGCCCAGAACCGAUUACUUUAAACUACCAAACAGUGACAUACCUACGUUAG